AUGCCAUUUGAAAAGAAGCAGGCCUCAGUUGUUCCUGAGAACAACCUCGAGAGUGAGAAAAAUCUCAGUCAUCUUGACAAGAUCCACAUUUGUCAGCAGUCCUUUGAACACAAUGGGAAAGAGAAAGCUUUCAGCAGGCAGAAGAUAGUCCUUACGUGUGAGCAAGUUUAUACCAAAGACCUAUGCAAUCAGCAACCUGUCAGUAUGGGAGAAGAAAUUCAUGUUGGCUACUAUAAAUCUUUCCUUACCCCCAAACAGAGAACUGACUCAGGAGAAAAUCUGUAUGUGUCAAAUGAAUGUAAAGAAAUCAGGAACCAGAAGUCAGAACUCAUUAGAGUUCAAAUCCUUCAAAUUGCAGAGAAUCCGUAUGAAUACACCGAGCAUGGAAAUUUCAUUCAGCAGCAGUUAUCUCUCAUUAGGCAUCAGAGAACGUACACAGGGGAAAAACCUUAUGAAUGUACUGAGUGUGGAAAAGCUUAUAUUUGUAAGUCACACCUCGUUAGGCAUCAGAGAACACACACGGGGGAGAAACCUUAUGAAUGUAGUGAGUGUGGAAAAGCUUUCAUUUAUAAGUCACAGCUCAUUAAUCAUCAGAGAAUCCACACAGGGGAAAAACCUUAUGAAUGUAGUGAGUGUGGAAAAGCUUUUUCUCAGAAGUCACACCUCAUUAGGCAUCAGAGAACACACACAGGGGAAAAACCUUAUGAAUGUAGUGAGUGUGGAAAAGCUUUUAUUCGUAAGUCACACCUCGUUAGGCAUCAGAGAACACACACAGGGGAAAAACCUUAUGAAUGUAGUGAGUGUGGAAAAGCUUUUGCCAGAAAGACAGAAUUCGUUUAUCAUCAGAGAGUCCACACAGGUGAAAAACCCUUUGAAUGUAGUGAGUGUGGAAAAGCUUUUGCCAGAAAGACAGACUUCAUUCAUCAUCAGAGAAUCCACACGGGGGAAAAACCUUUUGAAUGUAGUGAGUGUGGAAAAGCUUUUAUUCAAAAGUCAAACCUACUUAGGCAUCAGAGAAAACACACACGGGAAAUACCUUAUGAAUGUAGUGAGUGUGGAAAAGCUUUUAUUUGUAAGCCACAGCUCAUUGCACAUGAGAGAAUCCACACUGGGGAAAAACCUUAUGAAUGUAGUGAGUGUGGAAAAGCUUUUGCCAGAAAGACAGAAUUCGUUCAUCAUCAGAGAAUUCACACAGGGGAAAAACCUUUUGAAUGUAGUGAGUGUGGAAAAGCUUUUGCCAGAAAGACAGACUUCGUUUAUCAUCAGAGAGCAACAGGGGAAAAACCUUUUGAAUGUAGUGAGUGUGGAAAAGCUUUUGCCAGAAAGACAGACUUCGUUUAUCAUCAGAGAGUCCACACAGGGGAAAAACCUUUUGAAUGUAGUGAGUGUGGAAAACGCUUUUCUUGUAAGCGACUCCUCCUUAGACAUCAGAGAAUACACACAGGUGAAAAACCUUACAAAUGUAGUGAUUGUGGAAAAGCUUUUCCCACAAAGUCAGAAUGUGUUCAUCAUCAGAGAAUACACACAGGUGAAAAACCUUAUGAAUGUAGUGAGUGUGGAAAAGCUUUUCUUCGUAAGUCCACCCUCGUUAGUCAUCAGAGAAUCCACUCUGGGGAAAAACCUUAUGAGUGUAGUGAGUGUAGAAAAGCUUUUCUUCGUAAGUCACACCUCGUUAGUCAUCAGCGAAUCCAUACUGGGGAAAAACCUUAUAAAUGCAGUGAAUGUUGAAAAUCUUUUAAUAACCACUCAGGUUUCAUUCAUCAUCAGAAAAUGCACACUGGGGUAAACUAUGAAUGUAGUGACUGUGGAAAAGCUUUUAUUCGUAAGUCACACGUCAUGAGGCAUCAGAGAAUCCACACAUGUGAGAAACCUUAUGAAUGUAGUGAGUGUGGAAAAGCUUUUAUCAAAAAUCACACCUCAUUAGUCAUCAGAGAAUCCACACUGGGGAAAAACCUUAUGAAUGUAGUGAGUGUGGAAGAGAAUUUCCUGAUAAGUCAACAUUUGAUUACAUCAGAGAAUACACACAGGUGAAAAACCUUAUGAAUGUAGUUAGUGGGAAAUCUUUUAUUUUUAAAU